UUGUAGGAAGAUUUCUUCUUCCAAAACAGAGAUGUUACCAAGCCCGAAAUUCUUGCAAUCGUCCAGGACCUCCACUCAAUGCCUUCAUCUUCCAACGCCAUCGCCGCCUCCUCCGCCGCCCAUUCCACAACUCCAAGGCGUAUCCACUUCCUCAUCUUUUCCUUCCAUCAAACAGUGCAGCAAAGUAUCGCGCAGAGAGCUCGUGAUUCGUAGCAAUUCUCUGUUACUUCUCCUCCUCGGCUCGCAGAGUGUAGAGGGUUUGUUGCCGUCUAAAGCACGAGCCGAGAACUUGGAAGACACCAAUAGCAAUGAAGAAGCAGCAGAAACUUUAAACGCUACUGCGAGUGCUACUUGCGUUGAUAGAAGCCCGACAAAGCGUGCAUUUCUCGAUAUAUCAAUUGACGGAGAACCUGUUGGUCGGAUUAUAAUUGGGCUACAUGAAGACGAUGCUCCAGUUGGCGCUGCUAGAUUUGGUAGUCUUGUCAGCGGAGCUGCUGGCACUAGCUACAGAAGGAAAGAGUUCGUUAAGAUUAUGCCCAACUAUGUUCAGCACGGCGGAGUGAGAUCUUUCGGUGUAGACGCUGAGCUUGCAAAGAAGACAGGAAGCAAUUUGGAAGUUGAUAGUCUCAAUGAAGAGUGGGAGAGAUUGAACGAAAAGUGUCCGGGCAUCAAGAACAAGGCCGGAACUGUGAGCAUUAUCGUGAGAGACCCGUUGAAACCACCCCCGAAGAUAAAGCUGGUUGCGCGGAAAGGGAAGCUGGAGAUUGAUCAGGAGGAGGUUGGGACAGCCCCGAAUGGAACGGAGUUCGUGAUCACUACGAAGGAUUCGCCUGAGCUCGAUGCUUCAGCUUUGGUGGUCGGAACAGUCUUAGAAGGUAAGGAGGUCGUGGAGAGGCUGGGGCAGGUAAAAACCGUGCAGGAGAACACUAGUUCACCGUAUUUCAGGGUGGCCAAGCUGAUCGGAGAUAAGAGAGCUGUUGUGGCAGAAAGAGGAUUCAACCGGCCUUACGCGAAGGUGAUUGUCACAAACUGCGGCUUGAUAAAGUAACAGAAUCUCCGUCGCGGCAUUUCUUUUUUUCUUUCCAUUUUUGUAACAAGAGACUUUCACCAUUCUAUCCAUCAAAAUUUCAAAUGCUAUGUUUAUCAAAA